UGAGACAGUGGGGGCGUGGUGUUUCUCCGCUUUAAAUCCCCGUUACCUGCGGGUUUGUCCCUCUGAGCCCCUCCCCCCACAGCGACAAUGUUCAGUCUGGAGAGGGGCUGGAACUUGUCGUUCGCCGGCUGCGGGUUCCUGGGGGUUUAUCACAUCGGGGUAUCCAGUUGUCUCCAGGAGCGCGCCCCCCAAAUCCUCACUGGGGCCAAUAAGAUCUACGGGGCCUCGGCUGGAGCUCUGAAUGCAGCGGCCUCUGUGUGUGACUGUAGCCUGGCCCAGUGCUGCGCUGCUGUAUUGCAGGUAGCCAAGGAAGCCAGGAAGACAAAUCUGGGGCCCCUACACCCUUCCUUUAACCCAGUGAAGAUCUUGAAGAAGGGACUGUACCGAAAUCUCCCUGAAAAUGCCCACAAGCUGGCGACUGGGAAGCUCUGCAUAUCCCUCACACGAGUGUCCGACUGUGAGAAUGUUCUGGUGUCAGAAUUUAACUCCAAAGAAGAACUGGUCCAGGCUUUAAUAUGCAGCUCCUUUGUGCCCAUCUACUGUGGCAUCAUCCCACCGUCUUUCCGAGGGGUGCGGUAUGUUGAUGGGGGAAUCAGCAACAAUCUACCUGAAUACGACUUGAAAAACACAAUCACAGUCUCACCAUUUUCGGGGGAAUCUGACAUCUGUCCGAGGGACACAAACACCACAAACUUCCAUGAGGUGCGACUGACUAACACCAGUAUCCGGUUCAGCCUGGGGAACCUGUAUCGACUGACACGUGCGCUUUUUCCGCCUGAGCCCACAGUUCUUGGAGAGAUGUGUCAGCAGGGAUACAAUGAUGCACUUAGAUUCCUAAAAGACAACAACCUGUUAAGCUUGCCAUCACCUGCCACUGACCUGCCCCUGGCUUUUCCCAAAAGUGAGCCACUUUCCCACCACCUGACCUGUGGUUGUUGUGUGAAGAGUAAACGGGAAGAAGAGGAUCUGAAGCGGAAGGUGUUGGAGGGGAAGAUGCCGUGGCCUCUUGAUAAGAGAAUCGUGGAGAGGCUGCCGCCCACCUUGUGUUAUGUCCUGCAGGAGGCAUGCAGAGAGAAGGACGGACUGUACCAUCAGAUCUGCAGCUUCUUGCCCAUGCGAGUGGCAUCCUACAUGGUGAUGCCCUAUACCCUACCGGUGGAGUCUGUGCUCUCUGUUGCUUUAAGGUUGGUGGAUUGGUUCCCAGAUAUGCCGGAAGAUAUGCGCUGGAUGCAGGAACAAGUGCGCUCCGUCGCUGGGGCUGUAUAUUCCCAGGCCAAAAAGAGGCUCUUCCCAUCACUCAGGUCACGGGGCCAUGGAACCCUACGAAAAUGCCUGAGCCUCCCACCUCAGUUCCAUCAUGCUUCUUCCUACCUCUCCCCCAACAACUACUUCUCCUGCAUGGACCUUGAUGGUUGGGUCUGUGACAUCUCCAGUCCCUCGCACCUCCGGGAUUCCAGCGAUUUCCCAACAGAACUGGAUUCCGACGCUCAAUCCAAAUGCACUUUCAGCUUCGAAGACUCGGGGGUAGACGUCAACUUCUCCACCGACUCGGCUUCGGAACUGUAAAUUUCUAGGUUUUACUGGAAAUUCCCAAAUUUAAAAUCUGGGUUCUCGGCUUAUAAAGAUUGUUGAAUGCAAAUAAGUGGGGUUCCAAUGAUCAGCCAAUCAGACCUCCGUUUUAAUGGAACUGAAAUGUUAUUGGGACCUGUGUUGGACUGGGUAAUUGGGACGCACUGGAAUGUGUCACCUUAAGGGCCCAACAUUGUGGCCGACACCAUUAACCAGCUGUGAGCCUGGCACUGUGGGGCCCAAUGGGAUUUCUCCUGGUGGCCCAGUCUGAUCCUGGAUAAGACAACUCCAAUAUCUGGAGUAAAUAAUGAUAUAAAAAUAUAAGUGGGGAAUUGUCCAUUACAUUAUUAAUUGAUGCAAAGCUUCCAAAACCAUAUUUCAUCUAAAAGGGGCUCAGGAAUUCGAUCCGGUACCCCCAUAUACGGCGAAUCCUUCUGCAAAUUAGGGGCAGGGUGGGAAAUCGCGUGUCUUUUUGUCAGAAAACAACAGCGCCACCUGCUGGUCAGUUUCUGACCAGUCUGACCACCAAGUA